AUGUCUCUAUCCAAUGAUGAAAGUUCUAUACCCGACAUCGAAAUCUAUAGCAAUGAGUUUGCGCAGCAGCUAACAGACAGGGGCAUUUAUCCAAACGAAUGGUCGGAUCCUGAUGGGCUGGUACCAGCACCACCUCGAAACUGGGAUGCCCUCAAUCGAAUGCUCUCUCGCCGACGAGCGUCUCUAACCGAGUCAAGCUUCUCCGAGGCUGACUUCACGAGCUUUAGGCAUAUCGCAGUCAACGCUUGGUGCAAGGCAGAUAUCCACGUAGAUAUUCUCCCCAUCAUAUGGGGCAAGAGGGACAGAGAACCUCCUUUUUUUCUUGGCCGCGGGGGAACAUUCAAAAAUAUUGCUCCUUUUAGCUCGGAUUGGCCUCUGCCUGUUGUUAGGCUGGAUUACUACAAUGGUGCACGUCAGGAUGACAUCGAGCUGAAGGUUCGUGAGAAACUCCACGACAAAAUUAUCCCUUGGCUAGGCGACAAGGAUCAGGUGCCACUAGCCCCAAACUUCUUUGUCGAGUUGGGCGAUCCUUCUGAGCCCACCACUGUGUGCUUUCGAAAGGCUUGCUAUGCUGGCGCUGUCGGGUGCCGGGCGAUGCAGGCUCUUCAGUCAUACCGGCGAGACCGGACCUUCUAUGACCACGAAGCAUAUACUAUUACAGGGACUUAUGCUAGUGGCAUGCUUACCUUGUAUGCCCAUCAUGCUAUUCCUCAUGUUCCUGGUGUCAGCAGCUGCCGUCAAUCCGACUAUAUUAUGACACAGCUGGGGGCCUGGUCAAUGAUCCACGAUGCGGCCACAUUUCGACAAGGUGCGACGGCUUUUGAAAUGCUCUUGAGUGGGCAAGAGAGAGGCUGCAGCAAUUGAAUACUGGGGCGAAUACAAGAGAGCAUUUGUACGAGUAUCGUACCUGACGGUGUUGCUGUCAAUGCCUGGAUACCUUCUGGUAAUUGUGGCGAGAGACGGUUGGUGGAGACU